AUGCCGCUAGUUGUCCGUCCCGUGGAGCAUGCAGAUGUGGCCCAGUGCAUCGAGAUCCGCGUUGCCAGCCUUGGAUCUCUCGUCAUUGGACGCCCACCGCCGUAUCCAGGCUACGUCCAAGAGGCUGAAACCUCCGCCCACAGAGACCUUGACAAAAAAAGCCCCCAUGUGCGCCAUCUGAAAGUUGUGGAUGCCGAGAACGAGGCGGAAGUGAUCGCUUAUGGGAAAUGGGAGGUCUACCCUCGUGGGCGCCCAGACCUUGACAAGCUAGGCCAACCGAUGGAUGACGCAGACAAGCAGGUGGAUCGGUACGGGAUGUUGAGAGAGGCUGCUCAUGAGUAUUUUUGCAGUCGAAAUGGGGUGAUGGGAAAGCAUCCGCAUUUACUCUUGGCUCUCUUGGUGACAGACAGCCAGCACAGACAACGAGGUGCUGGUGCAACUGGUCUUCCUUGCUAUCUUCAGGCUUCUGAACAAGGACGGCGCUUGUAUGAACACUAUGGAUUUCAAGAGAUCGAUACGGUCGAGUACAAUCUUUCGGACUAUGGACUAGAAGGAGUUGAGAAAAUGACGGAGAUGUUAAGAGAACCGGGUACAAAGUCUGCAGCUGAGGCCUCAAUUUAG